CCCCGCCAGCCGCGAGAACGCCGGCGCUUCCCCCGCGGAGCUCCGCCCUUGAAAGCUCGCUGGCUAUUCGCUUUCGCAACAUCCCUAGGGCCCCGCCUCCUCAGCCUCCCGGGGCAACCUUCUCCGUGCUGGCUUCUAGGCUCCGCCUCCUCUGCGUUCGACGCAGCCUCCGCCGGGCCUCCCAGGAUGCAGCUCGCUGGCGGGAGGUUUGGAGCAGAUAGAUACUGUAUCCGCGUGGGGCAUCCGGAAUGUUGCCGUUGCGUUGAGGGUUAGAAACAUCAACUGGAAUCAAUUUGCAUUUGAAAAUUAGAUCAACACAGAGAUUGAUAUUGUGGAACGACUAGCAAACAAGCAAUGUCAUCUAACGAACAAGAAAGGCUCUUGUGUUAUAAUGGGGAAGUCCUUGUUUUCCAGUUGUCUAACGGAAAUUUUGCAGAUAAAGAACCUACAAAAACACCCGUAUUACAUGUCAGAAGAAUGGUAUUUGACAGAGGAACAAAUGUAUUUGUUCAGAAGUCCACUGGACUUUUUACCAUGAAGGAAGAAAACUCUCAUUUAAAAAUCAUGUGUUGUGACUAUGUGUCAGAUUUCAGAACUGGAAUUAAUCUCCCUCACAUUGUGAUACAAAACAGUAAAAAGAAUAAUGUUUUUGAAUACUUUUUACUAAUUCUUCACAGUACCAAUAAAUUUGAAAUGUGUUUGAGUUUUAACCUAGGCUAUGAGAUUAAGGAUAGCCUAAGGGUCCUUAAUGGCCCUUUAAUUUUGUGGAGGCAUGUCAAAACAUUCCUCUUUAUCUCUUCUCAAACUAGCAAAGUUAUUAGUGUGUUAGGUAACCUUUCCUCUAUUCAGUGGGCAGGGGAGAUUGAAAAUUUAGGUAUGGUUUUAUUGGGACUAAAGGAAUGUUAUUUAUCUGAGGAAGAAUGUACUCAGGAGCCUUCAAAAUCAGAUUAUGCAAUUUGGAAUACCAAAUUUUGUGUAUAUUCUCUUGAAAGUCAAGAAGUAAUAAGUGAUACAUACAUUAUUCCUCCUGCUUAUAGCAGUGUGGUGACUUGUAUACAUAUCUGUGCAACUGAGAUCAUCAACAACCAGUUAAGAAUAUCUCUUAUCGCCCUUACUCGAAAGAAUCAGCUGAUUUCAUUUCAGAAUGGAACUCCUAAAAGUGUGUGCCAGCUUCCAUUUGGAGAUCCUUGUGCAGUUCAACUUAUGGAUUCGGGUGGAGGAAACCUCUUUUUCAUUGUAUCCUUUAGGUCCAAUAAUGCUUGUGCUGUAUGGAAAGAGAACUUUCAGGUUGCUGCUAAGUGGGAAAAAGUUAGCUUGGUAUUGAUAGAUGACUUUAUUGGAAGUGGAACUGAACAAGUACUCCUACUUUUUAAGGACGACUUGAACUCAGAUUACCUGACUUCAUUUAAAAUAACAGAUCUUAGAAACAUAAACUAUUCGAGUGAACCAUCGGAUUGCAAUGAAGAUGACAUAUUUGAAGAUGAACAAGAUAAUCGUUACUUGGUGGUUCCGCCUCUGGAAGCAGGACUGAAAGUUGGUUUUUCUUCUUUACGGGAAUUACGGCAGCAUCUCUUGCUUAAGGAAAAAAUUAUUUCAAAAUCUUACAAAGCUUUAAUAAACCUGGUUCAAGGAAAAGAUGAUAAUACAUCAAGUGCAAAGGAGGAAUGUCUUGUUCCUCUUUGUGGUGAAGAAGAAAAUUCUGUCCAUAUCUUAGAUGAAAAGUUAUCAGACAGUUUUCAAGAUUCAGAACAGCUAGUAGAGAAGAUAUGGUAUCGUGUAAUAGAUGAUAGCUUGGUUGUUGGAGUGAAAACUACAUCAUCUUUGAAGCUGUCCCUGAAUGAUGCGACUUUGUCACUGUUAAUGGAUCAAGCCCAUGGCUCUGGAUUUCGGCUUCUUAAGUGCCAAAAUAGAGUGAUUAAGUUGAGUGCAAGACCUUUCCCAGCACCAUACUUGAUGCCAUGUGAAAUAGGAUUGGAAGCAAAAAGGGUCAAAUUGACCCCUGAUAGCAAGAAAGAGGAAAGCUUUGUUUGUGAACACCCAUCUAAGAAAGAGUGUGUACAGAUAAUUACUGCUAUAACAUCUCUUUCACCACUUUUAGCAUUUAGCAAAUUUUGUUGCACUGUACUGCUACAAAUUAUGGAGACGGAGAGUGCUAACUGCCUUAAAAAUCAUUAUGUUGUGUGUGGCAGAGUUGUUUUAAGUCUAGAAGAUCUUUCAGCUGGGAAGUACCUACUGACAUUUCCAAAGAAGAAACCUAUAGAGCACAUGGAAGAUCUUUUUGCACUUCUCGCAGCAUUCCACAAAUCUUGUUUUCAAAUCACAUCACCUGGCUAUGCCCUGAAUUCAAUGAAAGUUUGGCUCUUAGAACAUAUGAAAUGUGAAGUAAUCAAAGAAUUUCCAGAAGUAUACUUUUGUAAAAGGCCAGGAAGUUUCUAUGGGACACUCUUCACCUGGAAACAAACAACACCAUUUGAAGGGAUUUUAAUAGUCUGUUCCAGGAAUCAAACAGUUAUGUUCCAGUGCCUUCAUAAUCUCAUCAGAAUUCUUCCUAUAAACUAUUCCCUCAAAAAUCUAAAAUCAGGAAGUGAGAAUUUCCUAAUUGAUAAUAUGGCAUUUACUUUGGAGAAGGAACUAGUCACCCUUAGUUCUCUUUCUUCUGCCAUAGCUAAAUAUGAAAGCUAUUUUGUACAAAGCUGUGAAGUGAGCAAAGGAAAGAGUAGUGUCAUCGCGGCUACUUUAUCAGACAGAAGGGAGGAAAUCCAUCCCUACAGAAAAAAACUUCAGAGAGAAAAGAAGAAAAUGUUGCAAACGAACCUAAAAGUGAGUGGUUCCCUUUACAGAGAAAUAACUUUCAAAGUAGUUGAUGUUCAAUUGAAAUCAGACUUUGCUGCACAGAAACUGAGUAAUUUAUAAUUAUAAUCUCAAUUUGAUCAUAGUUUAAAAUAUGUUUUCACCAUCACAUAAGAUGUUGGUUCUACUUGCUACAUGCCUCCUUUGUAAAAAUAAACACUGAGGCUUACUGUAGUAGAAUCUUCAGUUUUGAUGAUGCAUAAAAUAAACAUAGGCGGUUCUCAAUUAGGGCCAUUUUAGGUCCCUCUCCUCUACCCCUAAGGGGCAUUUGGCUAUGUUUGGAGAUAUUUUUUUUUUUUUUGGUUGUCAGAAGUUGUGGAGUCAGGAAGGGGUGAGGCAGGGGUGCUAUGGGCGUCUAGUAGAUAGAGGAAACCAGAGAUGCUACUAAACCUCCUACUAUGCACCAGACAGCCCCCCUACAACAACGAAUUAUCCAGCCCAAAACGUCAGUAAUGCAGAGGUUGAGAAAUCCUGUCUUAGAAUUACUUAAGAGAAGACUGAAAUGGUAUAAUAGUAUUUUGGUCUAAAUCUUUUAAAAACUUCAUUUCUUUCUUGUUGUCUGCUUAGUAAAACCUAGCCUGUAAAAAUAUACUUCAGAUAGAUGAAUUAAGCAAGGUGGUCAGGAUCCACAAUUUUCUGAAAUAUCAGUAUUUCUCCUACAGAAAUUUAAAUGGCAGAUUGUCUGGGUGAGACCAUUAAAAUUAAAGUUUUUUAAAACCCUUGUCAAUUUG